CGCGCGCUCCGACCUCCGCCCGCGCCGGGUCUCGCGCAUGGACAUGGCGGCGGCCGCGGCCGGCGGGGAACGGGCCCGGCCGGACCCGGCGGAGCAGCGGGCCGAGCUGGGGCCGCUCCUGGCUACGGCCCUCCGGCCCGGCGAGUCCUGGUACCUGGUGGAGAGCCGGUGGUUCAAGCAAUGGAAGAAGUACGUGGGCUUCGACAGUUGGGACAUGUUCGGCGCCGGCGAUCCCAACCUCUUCCCGGGCCCCGUCGACAACGCGGGCCUGUUCCCGGGGCCCAUCGACAACUCGGGCCUGUUCGGCGAUCCGCAAACUCAGAGUUUGAAAGAACACCUCAUUGAUGAGCUGGAUUACGUGCUGGUGCCCACCGAAGCCUGGAACAAACUAGUAGCGUGGUACGGCUGUAUAGACGGACAGCAGCCUAUUGUAAGGAAAGUGGUGGAGUAUGGGCUCUUUGUGAAGCACUAUAAGGUCGAGGUUUAUCUCCUGGAGCUGAAGCUGUGCGAGAGCAGCGAUCCCGACAAUGUCAUCAGCUGCCACUUCAGCAAGGCAGAUACUGUUGCUACCAUUGAGAAAGAAAUGAGAAAACUAUUCAAUAUCCCAGCUGAGAAGGAAACCAGGCUAUGGAACAGAUACAUGAGUAACACUUAUGAGCAGCUCAGCAAGCUGGAUAGCACAGUGCAAGAUGCAGGGCUCUAUCAGGGUCAGGUUGUUUUAAUAGAAGUGAAAAAUGAAGAUGGCACGUGGCCUGGACAGCAUUGCCUGGCAAAAUCAAGCACUGCAACUAGCAGAAACUUUACUACCUCUUCAAAAUCAUCAGCAAGUUCUUAUUCCUCAGUGUCUGCCACUUCUGUCAUUACUAACGGUGAUAGCAGUAACUCCUAUGGACUGAACAGCUCCCACCUGGGCAGGGGAGGUUCUGGGUUUGUCUGUAACUCUUACAACUGCAGGGACAGUGCUUCCCUCUCACAACCUGGACUCUGUGGACUCAGUAACCUUGGAAACACCUGCUUCAUGAAUUCUGCAUUACAGUGCCUGAGCAAUACUCCUCCUCUGACUGACUACUUCCUGGAAGACAAAUAUGAAGCUGAAAUAAAUCAGAACAACCCACUGGGGAUGAGGGGAGAAAUCGCAGAAGCCUAUGCAGAUCUCAUUAAACAGAUGUGGUCUGGGAGACAGUCUCACGUGGCCCCACGGAUGUUCAAAACACAGGUUGGGCGGUUUGCUCCUCAGUUCUCAGGAUACCAGCAGCAGGAUUCCCAGGAGCUCUUGGCUUUUCUGCUGGAUGGCUUGCAUGAGGAUUUGAACAGAGUGAAGAAGAAGCCCUACUUGGAGCUGAAGGAUGCCAAUGGCAGGCCUGAUUCGGAGGUGGCAAAAGAGGCAUGGGAGAACCAUAGGCUGAGGAAUGAUUCCAUCAUUGUGGAUAUUUUUCAUGGUCUUUUCAAGUCUACCCUUGUUUGUCCCAAAUGCUCUAAAGUUUCUGUGACCUUUGAUCCCUUCUGUUACUUAACUCUCCCACUGCCCUUGAGGAGGGACCGGCUCAUGGAAGUUACCCUGGUGUAUGCAGACCCACAGCGCAGACCUGUCCAGUACCGGGUUGUGGUGCCAAUGAUGGGGGCCAUCUCAGAUCUGUGUGAAUCACUUUCCAAACUCUCUGGUGUUCCUGCAGAAAAUAUGGUGGUGACAGACGUGUAUAAUCACAGAUUCCACAAAAUCUUCCAAAUGGAUGAAGGUUUAAAUCAUAUCAUGCCAAAAGACGACAUCUUUGUGUAUGAAGUUUGCAAGCCAAGUGAGGAUGGCUCAGAGUAUGUUACUCUCUCCAUUUACUUUCGGGAGAAGACAGUGAGGCAAUCCAGCAACACUUCAGGGACUGUGCUCUUUGGGCAGCCACUCUUAAUAUCUGUGCCCAAACACAAGCUCACUGUGGAUCACCUAUACAGUGUGGUUUUGGAGCAGAUCAGCCGCUGUGUGAAACUCCCUCUGGCAGAAGAGUGCUCCCCACCCUGCCCAGACAGAGGAACCUGCAAUGGCUCCAAUGGUGUGGUUGAAGGCGACAUUGAAGAGAUGGAGCAUCAGGAUGGUGGAGAGGAAGGCAAGGAAAAGCUGACAGAAGUUGACCCCUGCCACUCUGAGGGUUGUAUGCAAGUGGAGUCAGCAAGAGACCUGCAGCCUUGCAAGAAACAGCAUUUCACUUUAAGCCUUGUGAAUUCCUCUGGGACCUCGGAGAUAAACUCCAUUGUUGAAGGAAAAAUCUUAAAACUGAAUGCUUUUUCUGCAGUUGCUAUUGACUGGGAUUCUGAGACACGGAGGCUGCUGUAUGAUGAACAGGAGGCACAGGCAUUUGAAAAACAUGGAAGCAUGCUACAACUACAGAAGAAGAAGGCUGUUGUAGCCCUCAGAGACUGCAUAGAGCUCUUCACUACUAUGGAAACACUUGGUGAACAUGACCCGUGGUACUGCCCUAACUGUAAGAAACAUCAGCAGGCCACGAAGAAGUUUGACUUGUGGUCUUUGCCCAGGAUCUUGGUGGUGCAUUUGAAACGCUUCUCGUACAGCAGAUACUGGAGGGAUAAACUUGACACAGUUGUGGAAUUCCCCAUCAGGGGUUUGAACAUGUCUGAGUUUGUCUGUGACCCAAGAGCAGGCUCAUACGUGUAUGACCUCAUUGCAGUAUCCAAUCACUAUGGAGCCAUGGGAGUGGGCCACUACACUGCCUACGCCAAGAACAAGGUCAAUGACAAGUGGUACUACUUCGAUGACAGCAGUGUCUCGGUGGCUUCAGAAGACCAAAUAGUGACAAAAGCUGCGUAUGUGCUGUUCUAUGAGCGCCGAAACAGCGAGGAACAUUCUGCCCCCUCUGCUCCCCAGGAAGAGUGUGAUGGCAUGGACACCAACUAAGCACCACCUCCAGCACUCAGCCACCAUGGUAGUGGUUGCUCUUGUAAAGCAAUGCCUGAGGCGCCUGAAAAUUUUUCUUCCUUCUGUAGGGGUCAAGCAGAAAAUCAAGCACUGAGAGAUUCAGUGCUGGGGGUUGCAGAAUAGCACUGAAGAGCCAGGAAUAGGUGCUGACACUUGGGUAUUUAGAGGCCAAAAAUAAUAUAUAUUGGAGCUUCAAUAAAGUUCUUUUUAAAAUCUG